AUGAUCAAUAUAAGAAGAGAAUGUGUAUUGAGAGCAGAAGCUACUAGGAGAUUUGCUUUUGCAACCAAAUCAAAGUCUGUGGCAACUAUGGCAGCUGAAUACACUGGGAAUCUAAAACAUCAGCUCGAGAUACUCUUUGAUGAGUCUUUGAGAUUAACAGUUCCUGAUGAAACUGGUGUUGAGAUCAAGGUUGCUGCUUCCCAACCUGGAAUACCUGGAGAUUACCAAUGUAACAAUGCAAUGAGUCUAUGGUCCAUAAUUAAAGGGAAGGGUACUCAGUUCAGGGGUCCUCCAGCUGUUGGACAGGCCCUUUUGAAUAAUCUACCUACUUCUGAGAUGGUGGAAUCAUGCUCUGUAGCUGGACCUGGAUUUGUUAAUGUCGUACUAUCAUCCAACUGGAUGGCUAAGAGUAUUGAAAAUAUGCUUAUCGAUGGAAUUGACACAUGGGCGCCUACUCUUCCAGUUAAGAGAGCUGUAGUUGAUUUUUCCUCUCCCAACAUUGCAAAAGAAAUGCAUGUUGGUCACCUGAGAUCAACUAUCAUCGGUGACACGCUAGCUCGGAUGCUAGAGUACUCAAAGGUUGAAGUUCUACGCAGAAACCAUGUUGGUGACUGGGGAACGCAGUUUGGUAUGCUCAUUGAGUACCUCUUUGAGGAAUUUCCUGAUACAGAUAGUGUGACUGAGACAGCAAUUGGAGAUCUUCAGUCGUUUUACAAAAAAUCAAAGCGAAAAUUUGACGAUGAUCCGGACUUUAAGGAAAAAGCACAAAAGGCCGUGGUCCGUCUACAGGGUGGAGAUCCUAUUUACCGCAAGGCUUGGGCGAAGAUUUGUGAAAUCAGCCGAACCGAGUUUGCCACGGUUUAUCAACGCCUUCGGGUUGAGCUUGAAGAAAAGGGAGAAAGCUUUUACAACCCCUAUAUCCCUCAAGUAAUUGAGGAACUGAAUAGCAAGGGGUUGAUUGAAGAAAGUGAGGGUGCUCGUGUGAUUUUCCUCGAAGGCUUCAAAAUCCCACUCAUGGUUGUAAAGAGUGACGGUGGUUUCAACUACGCCUCAACAGAUCUGACUGCUCUUUGGUAUCGGCUUAAUGAAGAGAAAGCUGAGUGGAUUAUAUAUUUGACCGAUGUUGGCCAGCAGCCGCACUUUCAUAUGUUCUUCAAAGCUGCCAGAAAAGCAGGUUGGCUUCCAGACAGUGAUAAAACUUAUCCUAGAGUUGACCAUGUUGGUUUUGGUCUCGUCAUGGGGGAUGAUCGCAAGCGAUUCAGAACUCGGGCAGCUGCAGAUGUAGUCCGCCUAGUUGAUUUGCUAGAUGAGGCCAAGACUCGCAGUAAAACUGCCCUUGUUGAGCGUGGUAAAGACAAAGAAUGGACUCCCGAGGAGCUGGACCAAACAGCUGAGGCAGUUGGAUAUGGUGCGGUGAAGUAUGCUGACCUGAAAAAUAACAGAUCGACAAACUAUACUUUCAACUUCGAUCAAAUGCUUAGUGACAAGGGAAAUACAGCCGUUUACCUUCUUUACGCCCAUGCUCGGAUCUGUUCAAUCAUCAGAAAGUCUGGCAAAGACAUAGAUGAGCUGAAAAAGACUGGAAACGUAGCAUUGGAUCAUCCGGAAGAACGAGCACUGGGGCUUCACUUGCUUCGAUUUGCUGAGACGGUUGAGGAAGCUUGCAACAACUUGUUGCCGAACGUGCUGUGUCAGUACCUCUACGAUUUAUCUGAACGCUUCACCACCUUCUACUCUAUUCAUCAGGUCAAUGGUUCACCAGAGGAGGCAAGCCGUCUCCUACUUUGUGAAGCAACGGCUAUAGUGAUGCGGAAAUGCUUCCACCUUCUUGGAAUCACCCCUGUUUACAAGAUUUGA